AUGAAAUAUUUCCAAAUUUUCAUAAUCUUUGGAAUCAUUGGAGUAGCUUUGAGUAGCUCGUGCGAGCCAUUUUUAACCCUCAAAUGUGAAGCAAAUGGUGCAAUAAACUUUGCAGCUAAAGCAAUCAGCAGAUUAUCAGGAUUAGAAUCAAGUGACAUCAUUGACAUUCUUAAUACCACAGAAUCUGAGCCUUUUAUUGAGCCUCUUGACUGUGUCGCAGCUGAUUUGAUUGCUUUGAGAGAACAAAUUUGGUACAUUCGGGAUGAAAUGGCUGAUGCUAUAGCAGUUAAAGCUGAACAUUUGGAAGCUCCAGUUGGUAUAUGCCUUGGUGUCUUAACCAGAAUCAAUGCCUACAUUCCAAAUGCUAUGGCUAUGAUGUCAUCAAAAACUGCCAUAAUAGCCAGAGAGUCUGCAGCAUUUUCAGCAAUCGGAAUGAAUGACUUGUACCAAGAAUACUUAAGAAGCAUUUGUUAUUGGGACAUUAUUGGAUCAUCGAUGGGUGCUGUGUUGAAUGCUGAUCCAAAUCCUGCUAUUGCAUACAUUAAAGGUGAAUCAACGAGCCUUCCAUAUCCAUUUAGUUGCUUUAAAAUCAUGAUUGACUUCUUGAAGAAUAAUUUUAUGGAGCAAUUAAGUGGAAUUUUUGAUGGAAAUUUGGCAAUGUUGACUGUUCCUGAGAUGUCUUAAAGGUUGAUUCGUUAGCAAAGGUAUGAAGUGGAGCUUAAGGAGAAGAAGAUUGUGCUCAAUUUAUUGCACCUGUGCUUUAUCGUCAAACUGUAUAACUCACGUGGUUCGUGAUGUAGCCAUUAAAUCUAUUUUAAAUAAAAAGUAAGGAA